AUGUCCAAGCUCAUCUGCGUCGUAGGAGCCACCGGGAACCAAGGCGGCUCCGUCGCCCGCCGUUUCCACAAAGCCGGAUUCCGCGUCCGCGCCCUUUGUCGCAACCCCGAGUCUCCCGCCGCCCUGAAGCUCAAGGAGGACGCCCCGGGCAUCGAGGUCGUUGCCGUCGAUCUCAACGACGUCUCUACCCUCAUCCCGGCCUUCAAGGGCGCCAACGUCAUCUUCAGCGUCACGCAGUACUGGGAGCCGUUUAUGCGCCCGGACUACCGCGAGAAGGCGCGGGAGCAGGGCAUCACAUGCCGUCGCAUCGCGUACGAUGUGGAAUACCUGCACGGGAAGAAUAUUGUUGAUGCUGCAGCCACCACGCUUGAUACGCUGGAAUCGUUUCUCGCCUCGACGUUGAGCCAUGCGGGAAAGGCGAGUGGUGGGAAGAUUACGGAGCUGUAUCACUUCGAUGCCAAAGCCGACAUUUUCCCCACGUACGUCGAGGAAAAAUAUCCUGAGCUGGCAGCGAAGUUGUCCUGUAUCCAUACGGGUUAUUUCUACACGAGUUAUAAUAUCCUUCCCAGCGCCUACUUCAGCAAACUCGAGGAUGGCAGCUUCCAAAUGGCCUUCACCACUGACCCCGAUAAACUAGUCCCGCACUUCACGCCGGUCGACGACAUGGGAAACUUCACCUACGCCGUAUAUCAGAUGCCGCCGGGUAAGGCAUACAUGGCAGCCGGCACGACUUGCUCGUGGAGUGAAUGGAUCGAAACUUGGGGCAAAGUGGUCGGAGUGAAGACGAGCUACAAACAGGUCACCCCGGAGGAGCUGAUUGCGUCCGUGGAGGAUGAGGAUCUCGGCAUCGAAAUAACGCACAUGUUUAACUAUACCUCCGAACCCGGUUACGACGGUGGCUACGAUCUGCUAACAGCAAAGGAUAUCGAAGAGGCUGGCAUUGAGUGCCCCAUGACGACCUGGGAGGAGUGGGCGAAGAAGAACGAUUGGUCCACAGUUCUUUCGAAGUAA